UCUGAAAUAAAAUAACCAAUACAUAGAUGAAGAUUGGAAUGCUUGAUAAUUUAAGAACUUUUGCUGCAUGGCCUAUUCAUAAUCAAGCAAAACCGAUAGAACUGAGCAAUGCAGGAUUUAAAUAUACUGGUAGUAACGAUACCGUUAAGUGUCAAGCUUGUGGACUUAUUUUAUCAAACUGGUUAGCUGCUUAUAACCCAAAAGAUCGACACAAGGCUGAAUCACCAGAUUGUCCUAUCGUGCUAGCCUUUGAAAAUGCAGUUUCUAGGUGGGUCAAUUGUUCCACUUCUCCACCUCCAACUGAACAUCCAAAAGCAAAAAAAUAUAACAAUUUUACAGUGACAAAAUCAGAUAAAAGACUUGAACAGGAGACAGGGGUGUUGGAUAUGACCCACUUUCAAGCUAGAUUAGAGACAUAUACAAACUGGGUAUUAACAUUCGUUGACAAGGUGAAACUAGCCGAAGCAGGACUCUUUUAUACUGGUGUUGGUGAUAGAGUACAGUGUGCUUUCUGUCAUGGUGUACUAAGAAGUUGGAGAGAAGGUGAUGAACCAAUGCUCGAGCAUAAAAGACAUUAUCCAAAUUGUGGAUUCAUUAUUGGUAGUUUAAAAGACAGUGUUAAGAAAGGAAAUAAUAUGGAAAGAAGAAAAAUUGACAAAAAGAAGUAUGAGUCCAGAAACGACAGAGUAAGAAGUUUUCAUCAAAUAUCAACAAAAGUUAAUAUAGUUAAAUUAAGUACUAACGGAUUCUUUUUUAAUGGUUUGACUAACGAGAUAGAAUGCCAUUCUUGUGGAAGUUCAUUUUCACUUGAACUUGACAUUGAUAAUUUGCAUUCACUUCACGACUCUUCGUGUUCAUAUGCUAUAGAGCCAAAAGAAACUCGUCAACCGCCAAAAGACACUACUGAUGGAUGUGUUAAACAAGGAGUUUUACAAAGUGGACAAAUUAAGACUAGCAUCGAGUCUGACGUAAGAAUGUAUAUGGGGUCGGAUAUAGUACAGAAUGUCCUUAAAAUGGGAUAUACUAGAGAAAUGAUUGAAACUUUCAUAUGGAAAAAAGGAACAAUAUUUACUGACGCGAAUAGUUUAAUAAAUAAUUUCCUCGAUACAAUGCAAGAGGAGACUCUGAUGACGGAAUCUUCAAUACUUGAUGGUUUAAGUAAGGAAAAUGGACAAUCAAGUCCUACAACAAGUAAGGCAAAAAGAAAACGAAAAAAAAAGAAACCUAAAAAAUCUGAUGAAGACCUAACCGAAAAACCUACGGCGAAAGACGAAAUAAAAGAACAAUCAGAUAAUAAUAGCGAUUCAAUAUCAAAGGAUAUUGAACAGCUAAAAGAAAGAAAAGAGAGAUUGGAAGAGGAAAGAAAAUGUGCAAUAUGCUUUGAUAGGGAUAGAAAUACAAUAUUCACCCCUUGUUUUCAUUUUACAACUUGCUUUCAAUGCGCUAAACGAUUAAAUCUGUGUCCUAUGUGCAAUAAACCUAUUAAAAGUAGAUGUCGAGUGGCUCUAUAGCAAAAAUAGAAAUAGAAAAUUACAUCAGUACAAAAGAAAAUAAAAGAAAAGUUAUCUGAAUAUUCAAGGAGAUGAGAUAAAUACUUCUGUGUACAUUGUAAAAAUGUUAACUAAUGUUAUUGAUUCGUAUCUGUGACUUAUUACUUAACUACCGGGAAGUAAAACAAUUUUUACAUGUAUCUUCUACUAUACUGUACGUCAAAUCCAUUUUUAAACUCUUCUUUUGCUCUUUUGGUUUAUGAACUUUACGUGAACUUUAUCAACAAAGAGUGGAUGUUUUUCACUAACUGUGACGUUAAGUUUCGAAUAUACAAUUCAUAUGGUAGCAAUACAAGAUUUAUUGAUAUUUUUACGUUAUAAAAAAAUACUAUUAAUAAAAAUUACGUAUUAAAUUACAGAUAAACAGAAUCCCUCUCGUACUUCCUUUUCCAAAAGCUAUAAGAUUCGCUUAUAGUUUAGUUCAAGAAAAUACCACCUGGUUUAAAUAUCAAUUGUGAACUACCUUCUGGAAUUAAUCUAUAUAGAAUAUCAAGUUAAAUUAAAGAAUUUGAUAGAUGCUGUAGAGAAGUACAACGAAUGGAGAGAAUAUUCUUCUUAAGAUGUUUUAUUGAUGGAAUAUUUAGCUUAAUUAGGGAAUAUUUUUUUUU